AUGAGGGUGCUGCGACGUUUGUUGUGUUUUUUUGCUCUCCUGCUGAGUGUUGCCUCUCUCUGCACGUCCGCUAGCGGGGCUGCUGCAGCUGCUGAAGCUCUUCCUCCUGAAUCUCGUUGCACUUCUGCUCCUUCUGGUGAUUCUUGCCCUAAUGGCACCCAACCUUGUACUGUUCCUGAUGCUGCUGCUGCUGGUUCAUGUUCUGGUGAUACUUGUACUUCUACUGCUCAAGAUGCAUCUGGUGGUAGUAAUGGUGGUAGGGAUCGAUCUACAGAAAGAGAACGUGAUUUAACAGGAAGAGCAGGUCAAGCUUCUCCUGUUGAAGAUCCUGCUGCUGGUGACGCAGGUCGUGCUGGUGUUCCAACUCAACAGGAAACUCCGGGCACUCGAGGAGAACAAGACCCUGCUGCACCUACUGAUCCUGCUAGGAGACCUGAUGCACCUGCAAGUGCACCUGACACUGGAAGCAGCAUAAACAGUCAAGGCAGUGAAAGUGAAACAUCACAACCUCCACCUUCUCCUAACGGUACAGCCACAGCGAGUGAAGCUGGUUCUAAUCCUGUAUCGAAUGAAGAUGUUACAACAUCUUCAGGAGGAGAAUCAACAAGUAACCUCGAAAGUGUGGGAAAUGCAGAUGCAACCACCACCACCACCACCACAACAACAACAACAACAACAACACUUCCUCCUGAACUCACAAACAACAAGAAGGGUGAUGCAGACAGCACCAGCAGUAUCAGCAGUUCUGUGUGGGUGCGUGUACCACUACUGAUUGUGGUUACACUGGCCUGUAUUCUUGUGUGCUGA